AUGCUAAUUGUGGCGCACCAUUCGCGGAAACUGUCGGAUGUGCUCAUGAGGCUCGUCAUCUCGAAGCUUUUUCAUGUCCUCUUCCUUGGACGUGAACGCGCGUCCUCAACUGAUGGAACAGUUACUUGCUCUUCUGGGGUGAAAUUAGCGGCUGCGACAUCUUCAUCACGGAACAGCAAAAAUGCUGCACCACCAGUAGGGGAGUUUCCAUUCUGUCACUACCCUCCUCAAAUUAUAAUUAGUAGGGCGGGCCAUCGAGUUCAAGAGCAAGGUGAAGAUGGUGAGGAAAAACUUGAAGUUGAAGAGAACGUCGAAGGCUUCAAUGGGAUCGACAAUCCUAUGUGGCUCCUGCACGCCAUUGAC